GUGCUUUAUGUCUUUAGAGCAAUCCAGAUUAUUUCCUAAACAACAAAUAAAUACAAUUAAAAAAGAAAAAAACCAUAUGGGAAACUGUCAUUGAACGUAGAAGCAACUGAACCUGAGCUAUAUACUAUCUUCAAUUCUUCACUGAGUCAACUCUUGCACAUUAUUUUAAGCUAAUUCCGGCAAUGAAUAUUAAAUAUAUAUGAACUAAACUAUACUUCUGCAACUGCUGCUCAUCAUGUCAACGAGAUUCGAGCUUUUUAUUCCAUUUUUUUAAUUGGGUAAAUGUGUACUUAGCCUGUAAUUUACUCAACUGCUGCACUUGUCUUUAGUUAGUGAAGUAUUUUAGCUUAAGCUAUACGAUUUUCCAGCUCUAAAGAUCAACUGGGGGCAAUGCUGAAAAGCUAGAUUGAGAUCUGUUUCUAGAGCACAAUUUGGGAUGGUUUUGGAUUGUCAAUGUCAGAGGGUGGGCAUGGUGUUUUGCUGAUGGAGUUGACUGAUCAAAGAGAUUACUGAAUUUGCAAAAGGAAGAGCUAGCAUAUUCUUAUCAGAGAAAGCAUUAGAUGCAGGGGUAAGGAGAAGAAAGGCUGAAGAUUUGUGAAUGUGAAUGAAGAUGAGGAGAUCAUUCUUUCCGAGAUGUGGGUUUGCUAGAAUAAUGGGUUGGCUUCAGAUUGUACUGGGAAUCCUUGUUAUAACUGUGAGUAUAUCAAGUCUCUUCAGGUUCUACUCUGCUGGAUUCUUUGUGCACAAUGAAGACAUAUGCCGCCAUUUUUAUGGCACCAAGGAUGUUUAUGAAGGAUUUGAUGUAAGACCCUUAAAUGAUCGAGUUGCAGAAGUACUAAGAAUGAUGGAGAGCCUUCAGGUAAAGCUAGAGACGACUCUGCAACAGAUGGAGAAGAGCAUAGAUGUUUUGGGUAAGACAAAUAUUACAAGAUUGGAGCAUAUGAAGUAUUUGGAGGUGGAAGUGCUCAGGCCUCUUUACGGUGCUCACAUUGCUCUCAGACAGAUUCGGCUGCCUAAGAUUGAAGGCAAUGGAAACGGUACCCUAAAAGAGGAACCUUUGAUUAAUACAUUUGUCACAGAGGAAAUCCGGAAGUAUAUAACUCCCAAAGAAAACAGAAUUGUGAAGGUUAACUUUUAUGGAACAGAGAAGAUAUACAAUACCAUAGGGCAUGCGUGUGUUUUGAUGAAGAAUGAACUACAGGGGUACAUGGACUAUGAUAUAGGAUCAUACUGUAAAGAUGAUUGGAAUCUAGCUCAGAAGCUUAUGGUUGGUGGUUGUGAUCCCUUGCCCCGAAGGCGGUGCUUGACAAGGGCUUCGAAGGUGUACCAGAAGCCAUAUCCUAUCAAUGAGUCUCUGUGGAAGUUACCUGAUGACAGAAAUGUAAGGUGGAGUGGUUACCGGUGUAGGAAUUUUGGUUGCUUAUCAAGCAAGAAUCCCAAGCGAGGUUACACAAAGUGCACUGGAUGUUUCGACAUGGAAAAGGAGAAGCUCAAGUGGGUAGCUAAUAGCUCACUUCCUGUUGAUUUCCUGAUAAGAGAUGUACUGGCCAUUAAGCCAGGCCAGGUAAGGAUUGGUCUAGACUAUGGUGUUGGCACUGGGACUUUCGCUGCGAGGAUGAGAGAGCUGAAUGUUACGAUCAUCUCAACCGCUUUGAAUCUGGGGGCUCCUUUCAAUGAGAUCAUUGCACUUAGAGGCUUGAUUCCUCUAUAUGCAACACUGAACCAACGCCUUCCAUUCUUUGAUAACACGAUGGACUUGAUUCAUACAACCGGGUUCUUGGAUGGCUGGAUUGACCUUCUUUUGAUGGAUUUCAUCCUUUAUGAUUGGGACAGGAUUUUGAGGCCAGGAGGAUUGUUGUGGAUCGACAGGUUCUUCUGUAACAAAAAGGACCUGGAUGACUACAUGUACAUGUUUCUGCAGUUCAGGUACAAGAAAUACAAGUGGGUUCUUGCCCCUAAAUCAAAAGAUGAAGUCUACCUUUCUGCAGUGUUAGAGAAACCUCCUCGAGCUAUCUGAUCAUAGUAUGUCCCUAUGUUCCUCCCUGUUUCAGUUGUUAGCCUAUAGCUGUUAAUAGAUAAGGUUCUGUACCCAGGAAAAGAUAUGAUCCUGAAUCUUUGUUUUAC